AUGAGUAACCAAGUAGUUAAAGUACAUCCUCAGUAAUUAAAUGCUACUGAUUAAGUUGAUCAGGAGCUAAUGAAUGGACCAAUCAACAAAAGAGAAUGCAGAGAUAUUUUAUGCUGCCUUAUGUUUAUUGCAGCAUGUGUUUCUUGUGUAUAUUUCUUCGCCUUUGGUCUUGCAAAUGGAUAACCUGACCGUCUAUUCUCUGUCUAUGAUAUGGCAGGUAACCCGUGUGGAUUGGGUUCAUAAUCAAGUCGCCCCUAUCUUUUCUUAUACACACCUUUUACUGGAUACACAAGUCAUUCAACUUGUGUAGCAUCUUGCCCAUAAUCUUAAACUGAUUCUACCCUUGAUUGCGAUACUACAGCUAUGACUAGUGGUUCUUGUAGCUAGAGUAAUUGUGCUCAAAUUAAUUCGCUUGGUGCAAAUUCAGUUUGCUACUAUUAAACAACAGUUUUCUUAAAGAAAAUUUGUUUUCCUUCAGCCUCAGCUUUAUCAAGUUUUAGUAGUGACUCUGCUUCUCAAAUCUAAUCAUUGAUAAAUUCUAGCACCUUAACCCAAUGGAUUAAUGAUGUUACCAAUGCGAAAAAUGUGAUUGCAGGUUCUGUAGGUAUUGCCUUUGGUAUUGGUUUAGUCUAUAUGAUUUUCCUCAGAUUCUUUGCAGGAUUAAUAGUAUGGAUUGCUAUUGCAGCUUAUUUUGCAGGAGUAAUUGUUCUUGGUUACCUCAGCUAUAAGAAAUCUACUGACAUUAAAGACUAUUUAAAUGCUAAUAAUUAAGUAGAGAGCGGAAACAACACCAAAGAUAAUAUGAAUAGUUAUAAAUACCUAGCAUAUAUUCUAUGGGCAUUUGCAGGUUUGAGUCUUGUUGGAUUACUUUGCAUGUAUACCAAAAUUAGAUAAGCUAUUGCUAUUAUCAAAACCACUUCUUCUUAUGUUGCAGAAGUUUGGACUGCAAUGCUCGUUCCCCCUAUUUUUACUUGUUUAGUUGCUGGUUGGUGGUUAAUGUGGUUAGUCGGUUAUGUCUAUCUUUAUGCAAUUGACUCUUCAGGAUAAAUAUAGAAAUCUAGCUCUUCCAUGUUUGCUACUGUUAACCACUCUUAGUUCGUGACAAGACUUCUUUGGUCUUAUCUUUUUAUAGGUCUUUGGGUUAAUGCAUUUAUACAAUCACUGUGCCAGUUCAUUUUAGCUAGUUCUGCAUGUAUAUGGUACUUCAGUCAUGGUGAAUCUGGAUAAAAGCAUGCACCUAUUAGAACAUCUGUAUAUAGAGCUUUCAGAUAUCACUUAGGUUCAAUUGCUUUUGGAGCUCUUCUACUUGCUAUUGUUUAAUUUAUCAGAGUUAUUCUUGCUUAUAUGGAAUAACAAAUUAAAAGGGCUGGUGGAAGUAAUAACAAGCUUACUAUGUGCAUACUCAAAUGCAUGUCUUGCUAUAUGGCCUGUUUUGAAAGAUUCAUUAAAUUCCUCAAUAAAAAUGCCUUCAUCCAAAUUGCCUUGAAGGGAUCAAACUUCUGCGUUGCUGCUAAGAAUGCUAUGGAAAUUAUUUGGUCAAAUGCUGCAAGAUUUGCUCUUGUGAAUGGUAUAGGAGGAGCUUUCAUUUUCUUAGGAAAAAUUUUCAUUACUUGUGCCACUGUGUUUAUUUCUUACAUAAUACUUACUAAGGAAUCUCCCUAUAAGGAUAAUAUUGAUAAUUAUGUCUUACCUUGCAUAAUUAUCUUUUUCAUAGCCUAUGCUAUAAGUGUCUGCUUUAUGUGUGUCUAUGGUAUGGGAAUGUCUGCUAUUUUAGUUUGCUUCUUGUGGGAUGAAAAAAUGUUCUAAAAGGCUACUCCUCCUCACUGUCCCCCUCUUUUGCAAGAAUUCUUUGAUAAAGAAGAGACCAAAAAUUGA